UACACGUUGCCAGCAGCAACCUUCCUUGUCAACAUGCACCGUCGGUCGUCCUUGACGGCAGAGCGCCUCGAGGACACGCUACAUGAAGCUGCUGACGCCAUGGGAAGGGGGGAAGUUCCUCGCGCUGAAAAGUGGCAGCGAUUCUUUGUCCAAGCCCUUGGAACCACCAAGGACCAGUUUGGGGCGUUCGUGGCCGAGUAUGGCAUUCCAAGCGACAUGAUCGACACGAUUCGAGACAUUGUUGACGCUCGUGCGUCUGACAUUCACAGAUACCUCCUUCGCCAAGCAGCGUCCAUCUCCAAGUCUCACCUGGUGGACUUUGACUAUUCCGUUCGAUUGGUUCUAUCGAGCAGCACCCUUCACGGCGACGUAUAUCCCAUCGUGUUGCUCAAAUUGUACUUGUCGGGCGAUCGCGAGGUAACGUUGGAGCUCAACCAAGCGCAGCUCGAUGAGGUUCUCGUUGAGUUCGACGCCAUCGACGCGACUCUCUCGUCGCUCGUACCAAUUGCAUCGGCUGCAGCUCCAUAAUAUAACAAUACACCUGUUAAAUAUUGGCCUUACGGCACCAAAAUGUACAUGCUCGCCGCACGGAGGCCGGUUUGCACCCUUGGGAAAUAGCUGAGGCAGUACCAUGCUAACGUGCCACACUGGACACACACAGACAAAAACACGAGCACAGAUCGGAACCAUAGGCCAGGAUACAAGGCAAAGCAUAAUGUGAGGGCGAUGGACGCCAAGUACGUGGCGAAGCCCCACGCGCGGUUCGAGUUGGCUCGAAGGGUCUCGACUUGCUGCUUGAUGGUCGCUACAAACAACGUCGAGCCCAUGAUCACGAGGGAACCCAUGGAAUACACCACGCCGAAGGCAGUAAUCGAGAACGGAAACCUACAAGAAGCAUGUGGUAUGUUCGAGUUUAGGUCGAUGAGGAUAACUUACAAGACGAAGGAGCCGAGGAAUAGUACUAGACCACAUCCCAUGCACAUAAGAAAUCGUAUGCUACUAGAUUGCGGUGGUGACGGCGCUGUGGUGGCCUCUGUUACAAGGAGGAAUGGUUCGGCCAAGGACUUCAUGAUCCGCGCGAUCUUUCGUUUUUGA